GAGUGAUGCAGAUCUGAUGCGUGAAAUCACUUGUCCAAAUCAUGGCUUCUCUUUCUUCUCUUGGGGCUCAAUGGAUGCAUAGGCUCAUAAUCGCAUGCAUGCGGGUGUUUGCAUAGAAUCUUGGAGGCCUUUUCCAACCCUAAUAACUCUGUGCCUAUCAAGUCCAGCCAUCAACUCAUCAUCACCAUACCCACUAAACCAUGUCCCUAAAUGGAAUCAUUAAGAUUGAAAAAGACCUCACAGGUCACCAAGGCCAUCAACACAUCACUACCAUACCCGCUAAGCCAUGUCCAAGUGCCUCAAUGUAGUAUUGUCUGUCCUGCAAGUUGUGGACUGUCAAAGCUGCCAGCUGAAGCUUUCUGCUUGCCCUGACCCUGCAGCAGAAAGGGUUGGAAGGCUCCAGCCUGGCUCUUGCCCCCAUGGUGUGCAGAGGAAAAAGUUGUGUCCUUUCCCUUUGACAUGUCCCUGCUUUGCUGAAUAACCCGGCUUUGUUCUCUCCUUACAAACAGCUCCAUAGAAGGGCUGCCAGCAGUCAUAGAGCUGGGAAUGCUGCUUUUCUCUCCACGACCCCUGUGGUGCAGAUGGGUUUGGAGUUGGGUGCCACACCAAAGGUUUGCUUCCCAAACACCGAUGGCAGCUUGGGUCAGGUAUUGGCUUUUGAUGGAUUUGCAGCGCGUGGAACAGCUGUGAGUAUUUACUCCAUCAGCACAGGAUUGAUAAUCGUCUUGAAGCAGCAGCCCAGAGGCAGGGGGUUGCUAGGAGAGGCCCAGCAUCUGGCUGCUGUACUCUCCAUGUCUCUGUUCAUCCACAAGGAACCGACCUUAGAUCUUUCUGCUCAGUGAGAUUUGUUUGUUCCUAUGAGUGCCACAUGGGCUGUGCUCUCACUCUUCUCUUUUGAUGGAGUGCAAAUGCACAUCUGCAGAGAAGUGCUCGCCUCCCUUUGCUGAAGGAGAUGAUAAGGGAUGAGUUUUGGGCAUUGCAGCCUGUCUAUACCAGCACGCAGGGACAGGGAAUUGAAAUCAGGGUACUCCAGUACUCUGCCUGUUUGUGGGGUUUAAACAACACCAAAAGGCACUGGGGUUGGAGGAAUGGGGAUGGAUGGUGCCUGUACCUUUAUCACGCUGCAAGUCAGGGCGGGGGCCUCUGGCACUGGAAAAAAUUGCAAUGCUAGCACAAGUUCAAAGACUGGAAACUUAUACAGCAGUAAAGCUGGGUUGAAAAAGCCUGGCUCUUCAGCAGGUAAGCAAGAAGGUCACAGCCUGGUCAGAGACAAAGGGUGGCUCUUGUCAGUGAUUGCUUACAUUGAUGAUCCCUCAGGGAGUGUUACUCUGGCUCUCUGCCAGGAACCCAACCGUCGUUGCAUUUCCUGGAUUGCUUUUGCCCGACCACUUUUCUCUUUCGGUUCCUCCCUGCAUAGUUCUGUGCUGAUCACAGUUCCUCUGAGCAAACCCAUGCUCCAGGAUCAAGGUUGUUUGAUUUUGCUAGUAAGGAAGGGGAGGUAAGAAAGCAAUUUCCUUCCUCCUGUGUUGAGCAACUUCCGCUGUUCCCUGUGCAGGGCCCCACGGCAGCAGCUUUCACCCGGCAGUGGCUUUUACCGAAACGCAAGGCAAGGCCUCACCCGCACACCUGCCACACCCUUCACCCCCCCAGCAGGCAGGAGGAAGGCUUUCCUCGCCAUCCAAACUCCUGACGCCAGCAGACUACGCUUACCCUCUUUGGCUGGUUAUGGCUGAUGGCAAGGAGGACCCUGCUGUGUUCACCUCUACUUGUUUGCCCUCGGACCCACGGCUCCUUGCUACGGUGACUAAUGCUUACUUGGGCACACGUGUCUACCGCAACAUCCUCCAUGUCAAUGGUGUGUACAAUGGGGCGGUGGGGGACACACAUCGUGCUGACAUCCCCAGUCCAGUCAACGUGAAGAUGACAGUGCCUGAUGGGGAUGUACCUGUUGAGACCUUCAGCUUGAACACACGGACAGGAACCUUCAGCCAUAAGCUUCAGUCACCCAGUUAUACAGCCACGCACAGGAUCUAUGCCCACCAUUCCCUCGUCCACCUGAUGGCCUUCAGCAUCACCAUCCGGCGAUCAGCUGGCACCAGCCAGCCCAUCACUGUGCAGCUCCAGACUCCUUUUGUGCCAAAAAGCCAAGACUUGGACCUGCAGCAAGGACCGGACUUCCAGGGAGCACACUAUGUCUAUGGGCAGACACUGGUUCCUGAGGUGGAGGGGGGACCCCAGCCCACUGUGCAUAUGCUCUGGACUCCUGUGCCACAAGCUGUCACCUUGUAUGAGGAGGAGCAGGAGCAACGCUGGGAGUUCCUGACAGCUGUGGCUGAGAGUGAGGAGGAGGCCAAGAGGAGCUACAGCGAAGGGCUGGCACGCAUGGCAGCUGGCUCCCUGCACUCCUCCCAUACCCGUGCCUGGGCUGCUCUGUGGAGAGGGUGCUGUAUGGACCUGAAAGGCCCACUGCCUUUGAGACAGGCCAUCUAUGGGUGUCUCUAUUACCUGCUGAGUGCCAUCCCCCCCCAAGAUACACCGGGAUUCCUCUUCCACGGCAUCAGUCCUGGUGGCUUGUCCAAUGGCACACGGGGCGAGGACUACUGGGGGCACAUCUUCUGGGAUCAGGACACCUGGAUGUUCCCGAACAUCCUGCUGUUUUAUCCCAGAGCUGCCCGAGCCAUCUUGGAGUACCGGAUUCGCAUGCUGGAAGGAGCUCUACUCAAUGCACAGGAGCAAGGCUAUGAGGGUGCCAAGUUCCCAUGGGAGAGUGCAGCUACUGGCCGGGAGGUGUGUCCUGAGGACAUUUAUGGAGCCCAAGAAAUUCACAUCACCGGGGAUGUUCUGAUGGCCUUUGAGCAGUAUUAUUAUACCACACAGGACCAGAAGCUGUUCAGGACUGAUGGAGGCUGGGAGCUGGUGAAUGCCGUGGCUCAAUACUGGUGCAGCAGGAUGGUGUGGAGUGAGGAGGAGCAAUGCUACCACAUCCGAGGUGUCAUGCCCCCAGACGAGUAUCACCACCAGGUUGAUAACUCUGCUUACACCAAUGCCGUGGCACAGAGGAGCUUAAAUUUUGCAGCCAGCAUUGCUCGGGACUUCUUGAUCCCUGUGCCAGAGGAGUGGGUAGAAUGUGCAAAGAAAGUCAAAGUGCCCUUUGAUGCAGUGCGGAAAUAUCACCCUGAGUAUGAUGGUUACAGCCCAGGUGAGCCUGUGAAACAAGCUGAUGUUAUCCUGCUGGGCUUCCCUCUGAUGCACCCGAUGCACCCUGAAGUGCGGAGGAACGACCUGGUGAUGUAUGAGCCUGUCACCGAGCUGAGUGGGCCAGCCAUGACCUGGAGCAUGUUUGCAGUGGGCUGGCUGGAGCUGAAGGAGACGCAGAGAGCACAGGGCCAACUAAACAAGUGUUUCAGCAACAUCACUGAGCCCUUCAAGAUCUGGGUGGAGAACUCGGAUGGGUCAGGAGCUGUGAACUUCUUGACAGGAAUGGGUGGAUUCUUACAGGCUGUCCUCUUUGGUUACACAGGGUUCAGGAUCACAAAGACCAACCUUCGCUUUGACCCUGCAUUUCCCAGUGAUGUCAACAAGUUGGAAGUCACUGGUGUCUCCUACUUGGGCAGCAAGCUGAAGUUCACCAUCACCAAGGAGGAGAUAAGGAUUGGAGCAACUAAGUGUCCCCUUCACCCUCCCCUGGAGGCAGUGCUGGAGGAAUCUGGGCAGCGCUUUCCUCUGCAUGAAGGGCAGAGCAUCUCCUUCCCCACAGCAGCUGGAUGUAUCCAGAGGGCACCCAGCAAAGGACUUUGAACCUCAUGGGUCCGGGUUUUACAUGAUGGGCAUCAAACUCACCUGUACUGAUGUGUGAACAUCCUGCACCAUCCCCUUAUUGAUAUAAAUGUGCUGAGGCUGCCAAGGGAACACCCUGCUCUGUUAAUUGUGAGUGUGAGCAUUGCUUCUGCUGCAGGACUCACAGCACUGGGAAGUGGGAAGAGCACAAACAAAGAUGGGUGCCUGAAAGUAAUUAAUUUAGACGCGUUUCCUAAACAUCCCCCAUUUGUUUAUUCUUGAAAGAUCUCCAUCUCUACAGCAGCCUCCAGAUGCACAGAGCUGUGUUCAGCUCUGGAUGCCGUGCUCCACUCCUCCCACUCUCAAGUUUUACAGGGCUUUGGAGACAGUGUGGACAACAACAAGGCUGAAGCUGGGUGUUAUUCAGACCCUGUGGGUUCAGGGCUGCAUUCCCCAGCCACACACAUUGGUUUGAGCAAGGGGAAGGAAGGGUGCUCCCUGCUCUGCUCUGU